GUGCAAGAAGACUUGGGUACGCUUAUCAAGGAGAUGUCAUCUGUCGACAUGUUCCACGAAAAACAAUACCUCAUGCACUGCGCGGUGCAUACGCUCAACAACCUUUUUCAGGAGUCGUGGGCUACGGCUUCUCUGAUGGAGGAUAUCGCCAAAGAGCUGUUCAAUCGCGAGGCCACCAUGCGGAAAGAAUCCGGCAUGGGGCGCAUGUGGGUCAACCCCUACAAGUCCGUCGUGCCGCAGGUCGGCUACUACGACAUCAACUGCUUGCUGGAGGCGCUCAACCUGAAGAAGUGCCACGUCAGCCUGCACGCCGUCUUCAACCCCAAGGAACCGAAUGCCGUGGCGAAGUCCCUAGAGCAUCUCGACCCUUCCCUGGGGGGGGUUCGUGGAAUCGUUGUCAACCGCGUGAGCAAAUCCUUGCUCGGAGGGCUAUACACCACACACCACUUCUACGCCAUCAUCCCCUACAAGGGCGAGUGGGCUUGCGCCGACAACAGCAUCGGUGGGGAGGGCAUGGCCUGGUACGUCGUGGACUCGAAGGCCGACGCUCCCGAGAUUAUCGGGAGCGCCGCGGAGCUGGCGCUUCACCUGGGGAUGGAGGCUCGCGAGCAUCAGGGGCACGUGUUCGUCAUCUCUGACGGGAAGUGCGAAGUGAUGACCGGCGCCGGCAACGGCGCCGGCGGUGCCGGCGGCGGCGACAGCGGCAAACAAGAGAAGACCGCGGGGGGGUAGCGAGAUCGUUUCUUCGUCAGAGUUUUUGGUGCAUAAAAACUCGCAACUCGUUUCGAAUCUCUCCAAUAUGUUGUAUAGUAGCUCUAUUCCUCUGUCGGGGGAGUCUGGCAGUCAAUGCAAAACCGUGGCGUGGGAAUAAUAAUUUAUCCUAACCGUGUUUGCUGAAUAUUGAUUUCAAUGAGCAUAGAGGUGGGGGUCUCGACUGGUGGGUGAACCACCGCUUGCUUAUCGAGUGGUUUAGAUUGUUUGUCCUUCUGCGCUUGCUUGGAGGUGUCCUUCGAUGACACAACCUUUCUUUGUUGCUUCACCGUUGGUUUGGGGGACUGUCUUCAUUGUUACUGGGUUUGGUUUAGAGUCAAGCUUCGUGUUGUCGUCGUUUCAACGCCCGGUUCCAAACCGAUCCACAGGUUGCCGCUGGAUACUUCGUUGUUCGUGUUUUAGACUAAACGUGGACUGUGUGCUGAACACCUCGCGGCGAGUAUUGUUUCUCCUCGGUGUAGUCCCCUUGUACUUUUCUCCCCUCCCCUGGUUUGCUCCCCCCGGUGUUUGCCAU